AUGUUAUGGUGUGAUCCACCUCCAAUGAGUUUUUCAGCUUUUUCCUAUUUCAAUUAUUCGAAAUCUUUUGCUCCUCUUGAAAUUCUGGAUCUCUAUCACAAUCAGCUUGUCCACAUUCCAAAAUCUUUUGGGGAUAUAUGUACAUUACGUGAAUUGUAUUUGUCCUCAAAUAAUCUUAAUGGACAACUCGUUGAGCUUAUGAAUAACUUGUCUGAAUGUGCAAAAAACUCAUUAGAGGUUUUAGAUUUAUCAUUGAAUCAAAUUACAGGAUCAUUUCCUAAUUUUGCAAUAUUCCCAUCAUUGAAAGAUAUAAAUCUUUCACACAACAAAUUAAAUGAUACUGUGCCCAGAAGCAUUGGAAACCUAUAUAAACUAGAGGUUUUGAGUGUUUCUUCAAACUUUUUGCAUGGCGUGAUCUCUGAAUCUCUUUUCUCAAAUCUCUCCAAAUUACAAUCUUUAUUCCUAUUUAAUAAUUCUCUUUCUUUGGAAUUCAGCUUCGAUUGGGUUCCCCCUUUCCAACUGGAUGUAAUGUAUUUGACAUCUUGUAAUUUAGGGCCUAGAUUUCCAAAUUGGAUUCGAACUCAAAGGAAACUUUCCUUCCCUGAUAUCUAUGAUGCUAACAUUUCGGAUACCAUCCUAGAUGAGUGGUUAGAAGAUUUGCCUCCUACGAUAAGAGUUUUAAAUCUUUCUAGCAACCAAAUACAUGGACGGUUACCAAAUGUGUCAGCAAAGAGAUUGAAUGGUCUUGCAAUUGAUUUGAGUGCUAAUCGUAUAGAGGGUCCACUACCACUUUUUCCAACAAAUCUCACAAUCCUGAAACUCUCAAAAAAUCGGUUUUCAGGGUCAAUUUCAUCUCUUUGUAAAAUCAAUGGUCAGUUGUUGACUCUCCUAGACCUAUCCCAUAAUAUAUUAUCUGGACAACUCCCUAAUUGUUUUAUGCAUUGGCAUAAGCUAAUCAUUUUGGAUUUGGCUGGCAACAAUUUCUUUGGGGAAGUUCCAAGUUCUUUGGGUUCGUUGUCUCAACUCCAAACAUUGUGUCUAAAUGAUAAUAAUUUUUCUGGACACUUACCUUCAUCCCUGAGAAAUUGCAAUUCCUUGACAAUUAUGGACCUAGGAAAUAACAGAUUUUCUGGAAAAGUACCAGCAUGGAUUGGGGAAGGCUUGCCAAGGCUGAUUUUUCUAUUACUAGGUUCCAAUAAAUUCUAUGGAAGCAUACCAUUGCAUUUGUGUUGGCUGAAACAUUUACAAAUCUUGGACCUAUGUUUAAAUGACAUAUCUGGAACUAUACUAGAAUGCAUCAAUAAUUUCACUGCCAUGGCUCAAAAAGGGAAAUUUUCCAUUGAUACCAUUGUAACUAUUAUACAUGGUAAUAAUUUGGCCUAUUUGCACAAAUAUGUUUAUAGUGCUAUGUUUGUGUUGAAAAGAAAGGAGUAUGUGUAUAGUAAUAAUCUUGGCCUAUUAAAGAUCAUUAACCUUUCAAGUAACAAAUUGAGUGGGAAACUUCCAAGCGAAAUCUCGGGCCUUUUGGAGUUGGUUGUGCUGAAUGUAUCGAGAAACAACUUAAUUGGAGAGAUUCCUCACAUGAUUGGUCAAUUGAAGCAAUUAGAAUCACUUGAUUUGUCAAGGAACCAGUUUUCAGGUGAAAUCCCAUUUAGCAUGUCAGAUCUAAACUUUUUAAGUGACCUAGACCUAUCUUACAAUAAUUUGUCUGGAAAGAUUCCUUCAAGCACUCAACUCCAAAGCUUGAAUGCAAAUGAUUUUAUUGGAAACACAACACUUUGUGGGCCUCCGCUUAAACAAAAAUGUCCAGGAGAAGAAACAUCAAACCCAAGUAAAACAACUACUAAAGAUAAUGAAGAGAAUGGAAAUGAAUUUCGAAAAUGGUUUUAUUUCGGAAUGGAAUUUGGAUUUCCUUUGGGUUUUUGGAGUGUUAGUUGUUCUUUGCUGUUAAAGCAUUCUUGGAGACAUGCCUAUUUCUUAUUAUUGGACAACACAAAGGAUUGGCUCUAUGUAACAAUGACAGUGAACAUGACAAGAUUGUGGAGGAAGUUUCAGAGGCAUGGAUGA